AUGGAUCCCAAGCGGAGAGCAGGAAGUCGAGCAGCCCCUCGAGCACCUCGUCCUUCAAUCCAGCGCAGGCCUCAACUCCCGAACCCACGAACAGAAAAUUCUUUCAUGCAAAUGGAGCCCCAGAUCAUCUUCACGCAGCCCAAGCACCCCUCCACAGCCCUCGAGCUACACCGUCUCGGCCAGGAACCGCCAGUUCCGGUGUUAGUCAGGGUCCAACACCCUCUCAGCGACCAAUGUCACCUGCAAAAGCCGCUACAACACCGACAUCUGCACCUUUGCAUCAGACCAACCCUACCCCAACAAAUGUCACAAAUCGGCCAAUAUCGUCGUCACCGUCAAGCUUGCUUCCGGCACAUAUUCCUCAGGGAGGGAGGCGGGUCAGUAUCGAGUCGCCAAAGAGACCGCAGAGAGGUCAUGCCAGGACUGGUAG